AUGCCUAUCCUGCAGUACCCAAACUUUGACGAACCAUUCAUACUGACAACAGACGCAUCGGACGUAGCCCUUGGUGCAGUACUGUCUCAAGGAAAAAUAGGUUCAGACAAACCGGUACCAUACGCAUCAAGGACACUUUCGGAUACAGAAGCGAAAUACUCGACAAUAGAAAAGGAGCUCUUAGCCAUCGUAUUUAACGACAGAGGCCCUAAGCUUUUUAGAUGUAUUUCACGUUUUACCCUUGUCGAAAACAAGACACAACAACAAGAAAUAAUUAAGAAAUAUCAUGAAGGCAAAAGUGUGCAUCGUGAUAUCCGGGAGACAUACAAGCAAAUCCAUAGAAACUACCAUUGGCCUCACAUGCUACUCACAAUCCAAUCAUUCAUAAAUCAAUUUAGUAUCUGUUUACAAGCUAAAUAUGAAGGGAACCCUCUUAGACCCUCAUUAGCCUUAACGGGAACGCCCACAAAACCUAUGCAACAUAUAUUUAUGGAUCUGUAUUCGACAGGCGGUGCCACCUUACUCACUAUAAUAGACAAUUUCUCAAAGUUCGCCCAAGCAAUACCGUUGAACGCCACUAGUAGUGUACAUAUAGCUGAAGCUUUAUUUCAGAUGUUCUCAGUUUUAGGAAUUCCUUAUAAAAUUACAACGGAUUCAGACUGUAAAUUUGACAAUAAAGUUAUAAAGGAGAUGUGCGCUUUACAUGGUAUUAACAUUCACUUUACGACUCCAUACAAUCCAAAUACGAAUUCAUCCAUAGAAUGCUUUCAUUCGACUAUAGGAGAGAUUAUCAGAAUCCAACGAAUGACAAACAUAGAUCAUCCCAUACAAUUAAUUAUGAAAUUUUCAGUCAUCGCUUACAAUAACUCAAUCCAUUCGACAACAGAAUAUACUCCACACAAGUUACUAUUUGGACAUACAGCUUCUAGAAAUCCACUAGAGUUACAUUAUCCUAAGCAGUUUUACCAGGACUAUGUUAUCAAGCACAAAAUGCAUGCAGAAGCCGUCCAGGAAUGUGUGUCAGCGCACAUGGCCAAAAACAAGGAACAGGUAAUAGCGAAGCGAAACCAGGCAGCAGAGGAGAUAACAUUCAAGGUAGGUGAAACAGUUUAUAAGCAGGUUGCCAAAACAGCGAGAAACGACAAAACUAAACCGGUAUUUAAAUGA